AUGUCAUCUGCUGUGCAUCGGCCGGGCCCUCCGGAGGUCCAGCCCGAACUGAACCUCUGGUGGCGCGACAGCCCCGCCUUGAGUGCCGCCUUCCGGCGUCGUCUCGGGGAGGCAAAGUCGUUUGAGGAGGCCCAUGCAGACCACCGCGAGCCGAACAGCUUUCGCUACGGUCAAACCUUCGGCGGAGGUGGGAAGAACAACGUGAGCCCUCGGAAGCGCGGCAAGACUCACCGAUACCGGUUUCAGAAGGUUCCAAGGGCAAUGCCGAUCAUCCACAAACUGCUGCAGAAUAGUUCGGAUGUGGAGCUCGAGAAGGUCAGGGAGUCCACCGUCACGAGCUUUACCACCAUCGGUGUGGUGGCGGCACUUCUGCUGACCAUGGAGAAAACGGGAGAGUCGGUUGGGCAGGAUGCAUCCAAGUGGAUAGACUGUAGCCGGGUGCCCUGCAACGAGAUCCACGUGGCGCUUAGCUGGCUCUCGCUUAUUGGCUGCGCACAUGCCGUGCUGUUCACGACGUGCGUUCUGGUGUGGAUGGCUGUGCUGCCAGAAGCAGCCACCCGAGAUUUCUUCUACUCGUUUCCCUCGGUCAUGGUGCGUGCUACUCAGUCGAUGAUGAUGGUCUCGACAUGCUGGGCCCUUGAUGCCCUGUGGCUUGCCAUCAUCAAGCAUGGCCCAAAGCUCAUGGGUGAGAGCCGCAAGCUGUUCCUCGCUGUCCCUGGCUUUGGCCUCUUCUUCCACUUGAUCUGGUCCUUUUAUUGGAUGAGAGACUUUGCCUGGCACUGGCCCAAAGAAGGCUAUCGCUAUCGCCUGCUCGAGACGGAAGCCUCGGCAGAUCCUGAUUGA